AUGGCAACCGCUAGCCUAUACGUGCCGCACGAAAUUAUAGAGCAGUGCGGGUUUGUUGAUAGGUCAGAGGCGCAAGCCACUUUUGCGUCGAGAGCCACUCUACUCUGCGACUUUGGUGUCGAGAGCGAUGCUCUGCCGUUGAUUCAAGGAUCGAUUCUCAUGACCAGAGUUCUCGCCGAGCAGCCUACGGACAAGGACUCCAACUACUGGCUCUAUAAUGCCCUUCGACUCGCCACCAAGCUUGAACUCUACAGCCAUCUUCCAGCUAUGGAGACGCCGACGACGAGCGCCUGGAGCACGGAGCCAAUACCGCCAGAGUAUCGAGACAUUGUGCCUCCAACCACUGGCCAGCAAAAAGCCUUGUUUAUAGCCAUUUGCAAAUUGGCAAAAAUCUAUGGCGUAGUAGUGUCCAAGAUUGCUCAGGAUCCAUGCCUUGAUCUUGCGUCGUUGAUGCGACCGUUGAAUGCCUGGCGCACAUCACUCGCCACACAAUUACAGCUUGGCGACCAGUCACCAAAUAGCAACAUUCACUACUUGGAACUACUAGGCACCAGCUACAGAUACGAAGCCACAUCAUGUCGCUUGAUCCAGCGGCAGCUUCGGUGCGUGGAUGCGCCAAAAAGCAACGCUGCGAAGCAGAGACUCCGGUCUGCCAUGCUCGAGCUCGACGGCGUAACCGCAAGACUCCUAGCCAACGGCAUGAUGAGUGAGCUCAUAAUUCCAAUGAUGACGGCUGUGCCGGCAUUGCUGGCGCUACACCUCGAAGCUGCUCUGGACCCUUCAGAGUCGGAACUGGUCCGUUCCAUGUCUCGCAUAUCCAUUAGCCAGGCCAUGCUGGCGCUGUACCAGUUGCGCGAGAUACCGGCCGUCAAGAAGGCGAUUCCGCUCUUUGAGCUGAUACUCUCGCGAAAGAAGCUCUACGAUGGUAGUGGGGGGCCCGCAGACGACGACGACGACGCCGACGACGACGACGACGACGACGCACCGCAAGUAUGCAGCCCGCCCGAGUCGCCGUGGGAGGAGGCCGCCGGUACGGUGAUGGUGCCGCCGCGGCUGCGGCCAAAUGCGGAGCUGGCAGACGUGCCGGGGGAAUACUUUGAUUCCUUUGUUCGGGAUUUCCUGGAGUACGACGCAGUGGGUAAAUGGGAUUUCGAGCAGGUGGACUUGUUGCGUCUAGCCUAG